AUGGAUGUUAGAACAGUGAUUCUUUUUUACAAUGGAACUUGGGUUGACAAAACAACAUACGUUGAUUAUGAAGUCGAAGGUAUACUAAUUCCAACAGAUUGUUCACAUUAUGAGCUUUCUCACAUAGUAUACGAAGCUUUAAAUUUGGACAGAAACAAAUAUACGAUUGAUCUUCAAUUUCAAGUAACUGAAGGCAUACCACCAAUAAGAAUCAAAGACGAUAGUGGAUGCAAGUUUUAUGAACAAAUACGAAGGAAAAAUAAUGAUGAGACCAAAUAUCCUAUCUGUGUUAACAUCUCAACAUCCACAACCGACAAUGAACACAAUGAUAGAGUAAACUAUACCUACAAUGGGGAAACUAGUUUACAAACAAGGCAACUGCUACCAACAAGAACAGAAUAUGCAACAAAGAUGGCAGAUUAUGUGAUUGAACAAACUCAAAAAUCGAUGGAAGAAAGCUCCGAAGAAAAUCAAAUAAUUUUAAAUCCUCAAGUUGCUGAAAUACACAUUGGCCAAGUUUUUGCAAACAAGGAAACCCUCCAACAAGCAGUAAGCCUUCACUCAAUAAGAUACAAUCAACCUUUCAAGGUAAAAAGAUCAUCAAAACUAGACUAUAAACUAGUCUGUAUUGAUGAUAACUGCAACUGGACAUUCUUAGCAUCAAAACAUGGAAAGACUGACAUGUUUAUCAUAAGAAAAAUAGAGCAUACUCAUACAUGUUCAUUGGACAUCACUUCUGGAGACCAUCCUCAAGCUACAAGCAACCUCGUUGGAAAGGUUAUAAAAAACAAGUUUGUAAACCCAAAAAGAGAUUACACUCCAACAGAAAUUGUGGAUGACAUGGCAGAUGAUUACAGAACAAUCACAGACCUAGUAACAGAUGAAGAUAACAAAUUCAAAUAUCUAUACUUUGCAGUAGGUGCUUCAAUAAAAGGUUGGCAACACUGUACACCAAUAAUAGUCACAGAUGGAACCUUUUUGACAAACCAACAUGGAGGCACUUUGUUGAUAGCAAGUGCACAAAAUGCAAAUAGACAUAUAUUCCCACUUGCAUUUGCAGUAGUAGAUUCCGAAAAUGACAGCUCUUGGGAAUGGUUUCUUCACAAAAUAAAGGAAACUUAUGGAGAAAGAGAAGGUCAAUGCAUCGUAUCAGAUAGACAUGAGAGUAUACUAAAAGCAGUAAAAGAGACCUUUCCAGAUAUAAUGCAUGGGGUAUGUUGUUACCAUUUGAUGAAGAAUAUAAAAAUGAAAUUCAAGAAAGGAGGUGAUGAGCUCAAGAUUGCAGUUAAUAGUGCAUCUAAAGCUUACAACAUAGAAGAUUUUGAAAAGAGCAUGCAAGACUUGGACAAUAUAGAUGUAAGAAUAAGAGAUUACUUGGUGAAUGAAAUUGGUGUCGAAAAGUGGACAAGACUAUAUGGCAUGAACAGGAGAUACAAAACAAUGACAUCAAAUAUUGCCGAAUCAGUCAAUGCAGCCUUGAAAGCAGUAAGAGACCUACCCAUCGCAACUCUACUAGAAUGCCUACAUUCAUUGGUGCAAAGAUGGUAUUGGGAAAACAAGAAUAGAGCCUAA